UUAAUAGGACCCUGCAGAGAUUCCAGUCGGACCUUACCUGGUCGCAGACAGUUGCACUUUCCAACCUGAAGUUGGUGUCUUAAAACGCAAUAUCCAACUUCAGAAAGACACCAUGGUGUCGUAUUUUCAUUGCCAUUUGUUGCUAGCAUCACUCGUGCUACCGUGCACCUUAUUAGGGGAGGUGAUAUUUCGCUGCCCGAGCUGCACCGCGGAGAGGCAAGCAUGCCCUAAACUCACGACCACUUGUGCAGAGAUUGUGAGAGAACCCGGCUGUGGCUGCUGUCCGGUAUGUGCCCGGCAGCUGGGAGAAUUCUGCGGCGUGUACACGCCAAGAUGCGCCAGCGGUUUGAGGUGUUACCCGACUCAGGAUUCCGACAUGCCCCUGGAUCAGCUGGUAAAGGGAUUGGGACAAUGUGGGCAUAAAGUGGACGUUGAGCCUACUGUCAGUCUUGAGAAUCCAGAACAAAGUGGGGAAGUCUCUGGAACCAAGGUCCCCCCUCAGAGAAAGCAAACAUUCAUAGAUUGCAGAAUCCACGUCGCUCGGCAGAAGCACGAGAAUGACAUGAAGAAGACCAUGAGGACCAACCGGCUGGAGGAGACGCGGCCCGGACACCCUCGGCCCGGCCAGAGCCAGUGUCAGCAGGAGCUGGACAAGGUUCUAGAGGAGAUCUCCCAGAUGACCUUCGUCAACAAUAAGGGCUCGCUAGAGAACCUGUACGAGCUGAAAUUCCCCAACUGUGACAAGGAGGGCCAGUACAACACGAAGCAGUGUCACAUGUCCACCCACGGCCAGAGGGGCGAGUGCUGGUGCGUGGACCCACUCACGGGUGUCCAGCUCUCGUCGUCGCCCAAAGUGAGGGGGGACCCCAACUGCAGCCAGUACCUCAGCGGCCAGGAGACCAAGCCCCCCACCAUCAGCACCACCACCACCGGCCAGAAAUAAACGUGCUCUCACUAAACCCUCCAGCCUAAACUUGAAGGGGCCACAGUCAUAAGUGAUUGAAUUUUAAGCAUGUCAAAUAAUGUGUGUGUGGUCAUUGUGUUUGUGUGUGUGUGUGUGUGUGUCUGUCUGUGCGUGCGUGCAUAUUUGGGUAUGUGGGUGUGUGUGCAUGGGGGUGUGUGCUGGGGGUGUGUAUGGGGGUGUAGCAUGCUCUUUGUCAGUUCUAUAUGUGUGCACAUGUGGACUGUGCGUGUAUGCUUGAGUGUGCCUCUGUGUGUGUGUGUGUAUGUGUGUGUGUGUGUGCGUAUGUGUGUGUGUAUAUGUGUGUGUGUGUGUGUGUGUGUGUGUGUGUGUGUGUGUGUCUGUGUGUGUGCAUGAGGCCGCGUGUGUGCAUGUGUGGUGUGUGUCUGUGCAGUCUGUGUGCGUGUGUGUGUGUGCAUGUAAAUGUUAAGUUCUGGCUCCCGUAGUUAAUCUUCAGUGACAGGGAGAGAGUGGAAAGUGUGACUCGCCACGACACAUGACAGCAAGGACGAGACAAGGAGAGCCAUAGCUCUUUCCCUGUUUUAAAUUCAGAUUUCGACUAGCUAAAUUUAAUAUGGAGCGACUGGCUUUGUCUCCUCCUAUUCAUAGGUUAAGUGGCCCGUGCGACAUGGGGGGCGGAGAGAAUGUUGUUUUAAUCUGGUGGCCGCUGCUGCAUCUGGCUCAGUAGUAGUGGUAUUUUGGGCAGCACAGGGAGCGCAGCUGCUGGCCUCCAAGCGAAGUUCCAGUCCUAUUUAUUCAAGCGCUCUUUUUUGGAGGCUCGGCAAAUGUGUGCUUUGAACUUGUGAAUUCUGUACAGCCUCUAUUAAUACAUUAAUGGAUGAAUAAAAUGGAAAUAAAUAAGCAAUAAAAA